AUUAGAUAAUAUUAUAUUAAAGAGACAAAAGUAUCUGUCUAAUAAUUUACUUAAACUGAUAGAAAAGGGUAAAUUAUUAAGGUAAAAGCAGUAAAAGCUCACUUGGGAAAAAGGUGAAGGACAACAAUAAAAAAGAGGAAGAAGAGAGUUACCUUCUCUUGUUAUUUUACCAUAUAUUACGUUUGUUUGCUUUCAUAAAGCGCACAGAAUAUAUGUAUCGCUUCACUACUCAACGUAGCUUCAGACGAUUAAUCGAAAUAGAAGAUAUUUUAUUGGGAACUAUGGACGAAACAACGGCUGAUAUGCAAGAAUUUGAAAUUCAAAAAUCAUAUAUUGAUAAUACCAAAGAAAUGGCUGAAGAAAUUAUUAACAAACUUAAGAAAAUCGACGAAGAAAAGGAGAAUGAAACGAGUAAGCUAAAUUAUGAAAUUACUAAAUUAGUAGUUUCUAUCCGUAAUCAACAAUCUUCAGUUCAAGAUCAACUUAAUAACUUCUAUGAAAAGAAGAGAACGAUGCUAUACGAAAUUUAUGAGAAUAUAAGAAAACUUGAUAAAUUAGCUGAAGGAGAUUCGGAGGAAAAUAAUACCAAUAAUUUUUUAACGAUAAUGAGUAGAGUCAAUACAUUAACUGAUAGUUUUAAGAGAAAAGAAGAAGCGUAUUUAAAGACUGCCGAAUUUUUUGAUGGUUCUACCAUUGGAAGAUUAUUUUUUACUACUCCAGAUGUUCCGGUUCAUGAAUAUUCUAUUGUGGUUGAAGAAAAGCCAAUAAAGGUUAUAUCAAACUCUGAAAGUUUCUUUACUAUACAAGGUAAAAAUCGUAUUAUUAAUCUAAGGAAUCAAGUAGUACUGGGUCAAGUUGCUGAUACGAUUGAUGAUAUAGCAAUAACUUCGGAUGGUAGAUUAUCCUUUAUUAUAGUUUAUAAUUGGGAAGAGAGCGCCGUUAAUAUCCUACCUAAAGGAACUCAUAAACCAGAAGCGUAUAAACUAGAAAAUGCAUUUCUUAGAUCAGGAAAUUGUAAAUUUACAAUUCUGAAUGAUAAAAUAGUCGUUGGAGAUGGAAAUUUGACAUCCAUUUUCUCGACAGAGAGUAGAAAAAGAGAAAAAGUUUGGAGGUUAUGGUCGUCCAGUCAACAUUAUAAAAUUAAGGAUAAUACAUUAUAUCAGCUAUCCGAUAAUACUUGGGUAUCUUAUACAGAUAAUCAAUUAGGAGAAUUUCGCCAAGUUCACGAUUAUUCGGACACAACUACUCCGAUACUUAAAGUUCUUAUAAGAAAAUUAGUAGCGGGAAAUAUACUGUUUUGCCUAAAUGACUAUAUAACAUUAAUUGAUCCAGACAAGAAGAAUGCUAUCUCUAUAAAAAUGCAAUUAAUAUUUCCCGAUAAAACGUUAUUGGACUAUCAAAUAAAGAACGACGAAGUAAUUCUCUGUCUUCAUUGUAAUAUUGAUCCAUGUAAAAUUUCCUUUAUGCAUUUUCCCUACAAAUUCAUCUUGAAUUAA